UAGAGAGCCUGCGAACAACAGUCGUGCUGCUUAGGCUUUUCCUAUUGAUUGGAAUGGAUCUACAUUUGGAUGAGCAUCCUUCAUUCAGCUGUUGUCCAUGGUCUUGCCUGUUCGGGAUAUGCGCAAUCACAGUUUUUCUCUACCCAGGUGGCGGUAUGGGGAUGCAACUGACCUCCACCGGGCCACAGACUGUGCAGGUGGCCCAGGGAGAGAGAGUGACCCUGGGCUGUACGUACACAUCUGAGCCCGGGGACACCGGAGACCUGGAUAUUGAGUGGUCAAUGAUCAGCCCAGAUGCCACCCAGAAGGACCAACUGCUUUUGUCCUAUGCAGGUGGGAUCAAGUACGUCCAUGGUACGUCUGGCCUCACUAAGGGGCUGGACUUUGCUACAGAUGACCCUUCCCUGGGCAAUGCGUCCCUGACAAUCGCCUCCCUGUCGCCAGCUCAUUCUGCCACCUACCAGUGUAAGGUCAAGAAGUCCCCAGGAGUGGACAUGCGCAAGGUUUCCCUGGUUGUAUUGGUGCGUCCAUCUGUGCCUAAAUGCUGGCUGGAGGGUGAGGAGGUGGUGGGGGAGGAUAUCUCCCUGCGCUGUAAUUCAUCACAGGGGUCCACUCCCCUCAACUACGCAUGGAGGAGAGACACAGGGCCAAUCCCAGCCACAGCCACACAGAACCAUGUGACUGGAGUGCUGUCGAUCAGUAAUCACUCCGAAGGCUUUGCGGGGAUCUACACGUGUGAGGUCACCAACGCCGUUGGGGACGAGAGGUGCACGAUCAAACUAACGGCUGACAAACCUGCAAACAGAGCCGGAGUGAUCAUUGGCACUGUGGUGGGCUGUCUAUUGCUUAUCAUUAUCGUGGCAAUACUCAUCUGGCUAGUACUAUACAAAUGGGAUGCAAGGUUCACCCGCUAUGAGAAGGAAGUGUCCAACGAUAUCAGGGAAGAUGUUCCAGCCCCUGAGAGUCGGCCACACAGCCGUGGCACCAGCCUCCGCUCUGGGGUAGCCUAUAGCCUGGUGGGCAUGCCACAAACGGAACAGUCAGACCAAGGGCGCACACCCAUCCCAUCCACCAGCAGUGGGUUUGCCAAUGACAGCAGAAAUGGCUACGCUGUAUGACUGGACAGAAACAUUGAAAUUAGAACAGUUUUGUGCUUUAUGGGAAGAAAAUACUGUGUCAGUAAAUUAUGAUGGCAUAUUUUG